AUGACACCCUUGAUAAUCCCAGCUGGCACAUCUCCAGAUGAUCAAGCCAGUAAGCGACUGGGAGGUCCAAUACAUGCCGAGAGACAUGUGAAUAUCAUUUGUAUUGGCGCCGGGCCUUCUGGCCUGCUGAUGGCGUACAAGAUUCAGCGACAUUUUAGAAAUUAUUCUUUGACGGUAUUUGAGAAGAAUUCGGGGGUGGGUGGCACUUGGUUUGAGCAGAGAUAUCCAGGUGAUGAUGGACGUAGUGUUGCGUGUGAUGUUCCCGCCCAUAAUUACACUUGGAGUUUUGAGCCAAACCCUGACUUUUCUGCUGUGUAUGCAAGCGGCAAGGAGAUAUACGAUUACUUCAACUCGUUCGCAGCAAAAUAUCAUCUCAACGAAUACAUCAGAGGUCAGCAUCAGGUUAUUGGCGCGUGCUGGAACAAUGAGACGGCGGGUUAUGAUGUCAAGAUUCGAGACCUAAGGGGGGGUCAGGAGUUUAGUCAGCACUGCGAUAUCCUGAUCAACGCGUCAGGGCUUCUAAACAAUUGGAAAUGGCCAGCGAUUCCUGGGCUCGACAGCUAUGAGGGUACUCUACUCCAUACCUCGGACUGGGAUGAGAACAUAGAUCUCACUGGGAAACAUGUCGGGCUGAUCGGGAAUGGAUCGACUGGCGUCCAGAUCCUCCCACAGCUCCAACCCAUUGCAAAGCAUGUCACUACGUUCAUCCGCGAGCCAACUUGGGUAUCGCCAGUGCAGGGAUUUGAACAGCAUAGCUUUUCCGAUGAGGAAAGACGCGAAUUUGCACGGAAGCCCCAAGUUCUUACUGAAUACCGAAAGGGGAUCGAGCGCGGUCUGAGUGGACAAUUUGGAAUCUUCUUGAAAGACACGAAGCCCAACAAAGAUGCGCAUGAGUAUAUAGCGGGACAGAUGAGAGAAAAGCUUCGGAAUGAACGCCUCGAAACGCAAUUAAUUCCCAAGUGGGCUGUAGGGUGUAGGCGAUUUACUCCAGGGGUUGGAUACCUCGAAAGCUUGGGUAAGGACAACGUCACUGUCGUCGUUGGUGAGAUCAACCAAAUUACCGGAAAAGGAUGCCUCUGUGACAACGGAUGUGAAUACCCAGUCGACAUUCUCAUUUGUGCCACCGGCUUCGACACUACGUUCAAGCCCCGCUUCCAUGUCAUCGGUCCAGAUGGAACAAAUCUUCAAGACCAGUGGAAAGAAGAAGCACAAUCUUAUCUCGGCAUGGCAGCAGCCGGGUUCCCUAAUUACCUGAUUUUCCUUGGCCCCAACUCACCCGUCGGUAACGGCCCUUUAUUAUCAGCGAUCGAAGCGCAGGCGGAUUAUAUGCUCCAGCUGAUCGACCGCUAUCAAACUCGAAAUAUCCGUUCGUUCGCCCCAACACGAGAGGCAGUUAGUGACUUCAUCGUUUAUAAGGAUAACUUCAUGGAGAAAUCCGUAUGGGCCGACCCUUGUCGCUCAUGGUACAAGAAUGGUCGGGAUGGUCCCGUUACCGGUGUCUGGCCCGGCUCAACACUUCACUACAUCGAAGCCAUCUCGGAAGUAAGGCUUGAGGAUUGGGAUGUGAAGUAUAGCGGGAAUAGAUUUGCGUGGCUUGGAAAUGGUUAUGGUCAGACUGAGCUGGACAGGACUGCUGACUGGGGAUAUUAUAUACGGGAGGCAGAUGAUGACUCGCCAGCUACCACCGGGGGAAGGAGGAUGUUAUUAAGCAAGAGCGGGACGGUCAAGAACACCGGGGGCAUGAGCCUUCUAGGAAAACAACCAGAGGAGUCAAUAAAAGUGGCAAAGGCAAAUCUUUAG